UUGUGACAGCUAAGCUGAAUCUUUUAUAAGCGGGUUAUAGUUGUGCUGUUGCUCAUUCUCGGCCAUUUCUCAUAGCUUUAUACAACUAUAAUAUAUAAACAUUCAAAUAGAAUGACUUGGUUUAGAGAGUUUCGCAACGGCUAUGGCUUCAUGUCCUACCCGGACACCAGGACAGCGGUCAGCUUCGACAUUCCGCUUCUAGCUGUCACCUACUGCUGUGUUCUGGUUGCCAUAGCAACGCUCAUUGCCACACUCGGAAUUCGAGGAAGGGAGAGAUGGUCGGCAGCCAUUCGUGCAUCGUACUCAGUCGCUAUCGGCUCCAUUUUGCUUGUCUGCCUGUACGGCCACUGCUGGCAGUAUGGUGAGGUGGAGAUCAAGACCAACUACGUCUACAGGAACAGCAAGCCUUUCGAGGGUUACGUGGGCAUCACCGUGGGGCUCAGCAGUGCCAACGUCACCUUAGAUGGCUACUAUGAAGGACAGGUCGAUGAAGGCUAUGUCUACUACGCCGAGAGCAUGCCCUGGGCAGACUAUGGUAAAGAGUACCAGAGGUUUGGCUACUUCCUAAAGAGGGGUCUGCCCGCCCCCAUCCUUAAGGUCAUGGAGUUCCUAACUGUAGACGAAGGAGAUUUCAGAUGGGGUCGCUCGUUUCACACGGCUGGUCAAUACGCUUCAGCUUUACUAUGGACGGCCUUUGCCUUCUGGAUCGUGACCAACGUGCUCCUGUUCAGCGUGAUCGUGUACGGGGCCUACAUGUGUUUCCUGACGGGCGCCGCCAUGAUCCUGGCCUGCGUCACCUACCACACCUGCCAGACCCGCCUACCCCUGGUCGUCUGCUUCGAGGACGAGAACCUGAUCAUGGUGUACGGCUGGUGCUUCUGGCUCACUCUGGCGUCAGGUAUUCUAACCUCUUGUCUUGGAGUUGUGCUGUUCGUCAUGGACCAGUGCGCGUCUAAAACGAUUUCAGAAUUCUUUCACCUGGAGACGCUCGACGAUGACGACACCUUUGAGUUCUGUGAAGACUUCAGGGCCAGCAACCCCAACCUCCUGAUGGACCGGAGGGGCUCCGUGGUGCCCCCACCCAACGACCGCCGGGGCAGCAUCUUUCUGGAACCCAGCCGCAAGCAGAGCUACUUCAACGAAAACUUCCAGAAGAGUCUAAGUUUAGGCGACCUGACGCCCAAGUCCUCCAUUAAGGAGGGAUCCAACGGCGUCAAAGUCAACCCACUGUUUAAACCAGAGGAAAAGGCACAAAAUUUAAAGUUUGAUGAAAACGGUGAAGUUCGUAUCGAUAUGGAAUGUCUGUGUGAAGAGAAGGAAGUCUGUCUAAGCACCAAGAAGCCUUCUCUCGCCACACUGAAGGAGCAUAGAGAGAACCACGCCAACGAGAAGAGGUCGACCUCUAGUUCUCCCCAAAAAAGGAACGGCAGCCUACCCGUGGUGACCCACAAGGGCAGUAAAGUGACCUUCAAGUACCCAGAAGUUCAAGGCUCCCUGGCCAAGAGCCUAUCGGCCGGCGACAUCUUCCACACGGUGCCUCAUCACAUCCGGGAACUUUCCGAGAGUUCGCACGAGAGUCUCCACGAGAGUUCCCGCGAGAGUUCCCACGAGAGUUCCCACACCCUGGGUCAGGAGACCAGCACCAAGGAACUGCCCUACUCACGGCAGUCGUCAGUGGACAGCAGCGAGACUGACUCGUCCCUGGGGUCAACGGACCGUAUCAAAUACGUGGGGGACGGCAGUUUUAAAGGAAGUGACGUCAGCAUAGAGGUGGAGAUUAACCCGUCGACGCCUCGAAGCUGAUUCAACAAAUCAGCUGUUCAUUAAUUAAUUUUGUUUUAACACGUAUUGCUCGGCUCUACUUUAGUAAUUAUUUUUUAUUAUUAUGAUUGAUAUAAAUUAAUUUUAAAUUAUUUUUAUAUUAA